CUAUAAAAGCCGGUCGUCCCUCUGUUGAAUCAGUUGCAGCAGUGACAGUUCAUCCACAAAUGGGCCAUUGGAACAGCUAGCACCUCUUCUGCUUCAAGCACUUUACAACCGCAUCUGGUGACAACAACAACAUCCUGCUCUUCAAGGUUACCAUUUUCCACCUGAGGUCAGACAAAAUGGCAGCAAUUCCAUCAAGUGGCUCCCUCAUCGCCACCCAUGAUUACUAUAGAAGGCGCCUCGGGUCUGCCUCCAGCAACAGCUCCUGUGGCAGUGCCGAGUACACAGGGGAGGUCAUUCCACAUCACCCAGGACUUCCAAGGCAAGAUUCUGGCCACUGGUGGACUUCAUUUUUCUUUGCAAAACAGAACCAGCCCAGCUUGCAGAAUGGAUCUGAAAAUCAAAAGAACGGAGUCUACACAGUGGCCAACGGUCAGGUGACCUGCAUCGCCAGAGAAAUGGUUUUGAACAGACAACUGAGCGAAAGCAGUGAAAACGGAAAGUCUGAAACAUCGACCCCUCCACCAACUUCCUCCUAGACUCCAUUCCCUGCCGCCGCCUCACCUUCCUGCCCCCCGCAGCCUCCUCAGCUUGCCAUCCAGGACAUAGUCUGUCACUGGAGAUGGAGAUGAUGAUGUGGUGAUAAUGAUGGUGUUUGUUACCUUUUGUCAGUGGAGUUUGCUUUUCCUAUUUUCCUAUUUAUAGUAUCUUUUUAUUAUGACCAAAAGUUUAAAAAAAACUCAAGUAUGUAAAAAGUUUUUUUCAUUUUAUUCUUCUUGUGACUUGAUAUUGUUGAUAAUAAUAAAUAAAAUGCUUAAGUCAGUA